AUAUCUGUCGUCUGACAAUGUAACCAAAGAAAAAAAAAGAUAUAUAGGUUAUGUAUCGUCUAAAGGGAUCUCCGAAUUUUUACUAGUUUAUUAUAAAGUCAAAUCUUGCACAAAAAGAAACGCGAGACGAUGUGAACUCUCGAUCGCGUGGAUUCGAUACGCAAAAUGGAUCGCCGAUGUCGCGCCCGGUAACCGGCAUAAAUAUCUGUCUUCCGAGGAAAGGUUAGCAUUAGCCGACCACCGUAAAAAAUGGCUGUGGAAUUUCUGAUAAAUCGACUCAAGGCUCUGCUCGUACUGCUUUUCGGGAUAUUUAAGCGUGCAAUGUGCUGUCUUCGACGUCGAAGAAGAUCGUCCUGUGAUUGCGAGCCCUUGUCCACGGUCGGUGUGAUACCAAAUGUCUUGACUAACUCAACGGAAUUAGAACAAUGGGAUAAAUGGGAGGAGAAUCCAAUUGUUGUUAUACCAGAUAAACCAGUUAACACUGUACAAGCAAAGAUAGACCAGUAUCGACAACAAGUAGUUAAACCUCCUGAAACACCUACUGAAGAACGGCUUAACUUUUUUGAGGACAUGACUCCAAGAAUCACUAGACAGACAAAAGUUUUAAUAAAGGAUAAACAUGUGGAUAGUUCAUCUGCCAAUGCUACAAAAUUCAUAGCCAUGGAUCCAGUCCCAACUAAUGAAUUGGAAGAAUGGGAAGAAAAUAUUGCUGCUUGGGAAGUAGACACUAUGGAAGAACUCAAUGACUCUACCAAAGCACUGCGAGAGCAAAGAAGGAGAGAGAGAGAGCAACGAAUAAUAGAGCAGCAGCAGAAAAGACUUACUGCAAAGGCACAACCCUUGGGUGCAAAACUGUGUUCCUGAUGCAGAAUUACAAAUAUGUGCGAUUUAAUAUCAAAAUACACAAUAAUGUACAAUCUGAUCGGAUACAUACUGAAUAUUUUUAACAUAGAGAUUAGCUCAUUUGUAUUAACUCUCUAUCGCUCAAUAUCUUUUGAGUCUCAUCACCAAUUUUCCUAUUGUUUCAUUUCUUAUGUUGUUUUUGUUUCUUCAUUAACCAGUAACUUUAAAAUUACAAUAUAAAAAAUUACUAUAUUUUUUAUAUUUUAAAA